GACACCAUUCACUCGCAAAACAGAGUCUUCCUUCCUUGAACAGGAGGUGAAAGAAUUAGAAUCCCGCUUCCACAAACAACACAAGAAAACCAUUAAACAACCUUCAAUCCAUCACAAACUAUGUCAUUUUCCCUUAAUAAUUGAAUUCCAACUUCUCGUUAUCAUCAGAAAAUGCCCAGAAAUGGAAACGGUGGAGGAGACGGCGCACCCUCCCCCUCGUGUUCAACAUCGACUGCCAGACUCCGGACGCGGCCGGACGCGCUCUUGGUGGUCUGCAGAUGCUUUAGCUUGGUGACUUCUAUCAGCGCUCUUCUCUGCAUUGCUGUCAACGUUCUCUCUGCUAUUCGCUCGUUCAAAAACGGAUCCGAUGUAUUUGACGGAAUUUUUAGAUGUUAUGCGGUUUUGAUUGCGUUUUUCGUUGUUCUUGCUGAGACUGAAUGGGGGUUCGUUAUGAAGUUUUGGAAGAUAUUGGAGUUUUGGGCUGGUAGGGGUAUGCUGCAGAUCUUUGUUGCGGUAAUGACAAGAGCUUUCCCUGACUAUUCUAAAAGCCAGAAAGAUCUUGUUCUUCUUCAAAAUAUAGCUUGCUAUAUGCUUCUUGCUUGUGGUUUAGUUUAUGUUAUAUCGGGAAUUCUAUGCAUUGGCUGGCUCAAACGUACUCGUCAACAGAAAGAAAUGACAAGGGACCAAGCAGUCAAGGAUCUAGAGGAGUUGGAGCGACGUAAAGAGGAGCUGGAACAACUGCUCUUGGCAGAAAGGGUCUAAGACAAUUUGUCUUGGCAACCUUAAUCAUGAUCAUUUUAUAGGGCUGCUGUUGAUUCCAUGGUUAUAUAUGAUUUCAUAUUUGUAGGUUUUGUUGUCAAAUUCAUUCUAUUAGAAAUGUAGAUGUGUAAAGUUCAUGUGUGCCUUUCUGACACAUAAUAUUGAUGUAGUAAUUCAUUAUCAUCGAGUAUAAUGAACUGUUUGAUGCUUA